GUUGAUGAUGUAAUGCUCCAAAGGCAGGGAGCAUGCAGUGAGACAUCUCUUAUUGUUUGGUCUCCCUGCUGGAAUGUCCACAUCACAGACCGCUGUGUGAGAGCUGAGAGACAGAGAGAGUACUGCAACAUAAUGAGCUUCAAUCACUGAGGCUGCCACCGGACAGACCUAUGGAACAGGUAGGAGGCAAGGCAACUUUAACUCAACUUAGCUGCUCUGUUGGUUCGUUAUGGAGCACUGUGACUGAGUGCAAGGGGGAUAAGUACAGCUUUGAUAUUUACAUAUUCCGUUCGGUUAGUGUAAAGAAUUGAUUUCUGACUCUGGGAAAGUUUUGUCUUUUGGGAUAAAAUUAUAUGCAAUCUGUUAGAAAUAAAUGUUUCAUUCAACAAGUUCAUGAAAAAAUGCUGAAACAAUUUUGACAAAUUUCAGUCUGAUAUUUUGGAAACUGUGAUUACAAUUGAAGGGAUGCUAAGUACAGUAACUAAAUAUUGUAACAAUUUGUGCACAAUAUUCAUUCCCUAAUUGUGAUUUUCAAACGUACCAUUGAGGGAGGACAUUGGUAGAAGCUGAUUCAGUGUGUGAAGUCAUGAGUUAAAGCUAUGGUUAAUUCAGUGGUUCAUUUCGUAAGUGUAGUUGAACGGGCCACUCAACACUCACACGACACUCUGUCUGUGAAAAUCCGGGGGAAAUGUGCAUGGUGAAAUAAAAAAGAUGAUAAAUGUUAUUUGAACCUGCUCUCCUGUGAAAGAUUAAUCACUUCACAUACUCCAUGAUCUUUGUUUCUGAGUGGUACGUUUAUGAACCAACAAGUUAAAUUAAGUUUGAAUAUAAAACUCAGAUAUUACAAUGAAUUCAAGAACCUGAAAAAUAAUUGUUUUUAUUAUGAGCUAUUGAUUAUGUAACAUACAGCAUAGCCAGCUAAACCCCUAAAAUGUAACUAUUAAAAAUAAAAUAUUAAACUAGCACAGUCAUUCAACUAAAGGCAUACAAAUACUGCCUAUAAUUUUAUGAACCCAUACUGCUUACUGAUUGCCCUCUGCUGGACGUAUCCUGGCUAGCUUCCUAUGUCUCUUUCAUAACGCACUCCAGGAAGAAUCCUCCUAACAGACUGACUGCUUCUAUCUAUUUACACUAAAAACAGGCUUCAGGAUCAGACAUGAACAGAUCAUUGUUUUAUAAUGUAUUUUGUAAAGUAUGUGUAUGCUCCUGUGUGAAAGAGGAAUAGAAGCUUGGUCUUAAAGGGACUCCCUGUUAAAAUAAAGGUAAAAUACAAUCUGGUGUUUUAAGGAAAUGGCAGGAAAUUGACUUCUAUAACAACGGCAUUGUCUUGGACAUUAACUUCUAAAACAUACACACAAAAUACUGCCAUGUCCUGUAUCAUCUCAGCAGCAGCACUGUUUACUGCCAUGUCCUGUAUCAUCUCAGCAGCAGCACUGUUUACUGCCAUGUCCUGUAUCAUCUCAGCAGCAGCACUGUUUACUGCCAUGUCCUGUAUCAUCUCAGCAGCAGCACUGUUUACUGCCAUGUCCUGUAUCAUCUCAGCAGCAGCACUGUUUACAGAGUCUGAGCCAUAGUUUCCAGCUCUGAGGCCACUGGCCACAGCUGCUUAUUUAAAUGUGAGGAAAGCCCUCUGUGGCCUUCGCCGUAAUAGUGGGCAUGGUGACAUCCUGCUGCUGGCUGUGUGUGUGUGUGUGUGUGUGUGUGUGUGUGUGUGUGUGUGUGUGUGUGUGUGUGUGUGUGUGUGUGUGUGUGUGUGUGUGUGUGUGCGCGAGCGUCUGUAUGCUGAUGUUGCUCAGAAGAGGUCAGUAGGUGAAUGGUUGGUUUUGGGUUAAUAGCCAUCUGCACCCGCACCCACUUCUCAACUGCUUACCAUGCAGAAUGCACCACUCUAUUUUCCAUGACAUAGAAACUCCUUAUGGGAAUGUACCGUUUUAGACAGACUGACUCUAUUUGGAAAAUUGGCAGUGACAAAAUAAAUAGUUCAAUCAAGUGUGGCCUUGUAAUCACCAUUCCUGUAAAAUCCCAAAGGUAAUCGCGCAAUAGAAUUCAUUCAUUUAGAAUAGGAUUCGGUAGUUUUUCAAUGAUUAAUCAACAAAGCUGCUGUUCUCUGUAGCUGACAUCUUGUAUAACCAAGUUUGAAUGCAAAGCCGUAUAAGGAUGAACUGGGUAAACUAAUACAUCAUUCAUUGGCAACCGUUGAGAAUUUCAAGUGGUAACUCUCAUGCCUCUCUUAUUCGCUUUUCAACCAUAUACAUUUACAUUUAUGUCAUUUAGCAAACGCUCUUAUCCAGAGCGACUUACAGUAGUCACAGUUGACCCACUGGCAGUUGAACUUCUGCUCUCCCAAGUUUUGUUAUUCUAUUGUCAAGUCCCACUUGUCCAGCAGACUUCUGAGUCCAUGGGAAACAGAAUCCAACGAUUGUCCCUUAGGAGGGAUACAGUAUUCUUAUGUCAAGUGAUCAGGAUCCUAGGGAAUACAUGCCAUUUCCUCACCAGAGACAUCAUAUAGCCUACUAUGCCUUGGCUGAUCUCAAGCACCUGAUUAAUAAUACAUGGAAGUUUCCCUGAAUGUAUCUUCUGUUUGCAUAAUGUAUCUUCAGAAUGUAACCCUUUCUGUUUAAAAAUGGGGAAACCAGGUCGACUUGUACUAACUAGCAGAGUCUGAAGUCCAGGACCUCGGCUCAGUUCACAUUCUAUUCUGGUUUGAUUACAUCACUGGGAAAAUAGUGGUAGUGGAGAUAACUGCUAGAGUAAACAAGGAUAUAAAUAAGGCAUUCUAGCUACAUUUGAGGACUUUCAAUGGCUGACAGUCCUCUGCUCUGCCUUAACGUCUCAGCAAUAUUAAUAGCCUAUCAUGAUUUUCAAAAUGUCUUCAGAUAUUGUAGAACUGAUUAUCCCACAAAUUCCCAUUGUGAACUUUCUCAGUGGGGACACUAAAAGCAUUUACAAACUCCUCCCCAUCUGAUGCUCCCCUGCUGUACAUCAACUUCAAGCUAAUCAGCUUUGAUCAUCAGAUCUCUGGCACAGUGGAACAUGUGGAGCAUAUGGAACAUGUGGAACAUAUGGGACAUCAUAGGAUUAACAUCAUAGGACAUUAACCCCUCCACCUCCUCCACUCGGAGUUGACACACAGUAGGGGGACGGGUACAGGAACCUGCCCUAGCCCCAGCUCUACCAGGGACCUGCCUUAAUCCCAGCCCUACCAUGCUGAUGUAAUUAGUGAUCACUGAGAGAGGCCCUCUGUUUAUCCAGCCGGGGGGGGGGGGGGGAUUCCUUCAAAUAUAUAACCAGAGAGAGAGGGAGGGAGGGGGUAGUAGAGGAAUCCCUUAAUUAGGGGAUUGUUCCAUGCCAGUUCGACAUCUGUGCUAGCACGCUGGCAGCUGCACAUGCAGCAGUCAUAACAUCCCCUCCAACGCUGCCUGGAGCGGAGGCACACUGGCCCGGUGAGAUGCAUACCCUGCCAGCCACCGUGACCCCAGCUUCCCCCGUGAUUCUGUUACAUAUGCUGUGCAUACAGUAGACUGUACACUUACAUGGGCCGACGCUUACACAAGUGCACACUAUGAACUCAGUAUUACUCUAGACAUUAAAAUAACUACAAUGUAAGUUUAGUUGUUUAUUUAAGCAGGGUAGGUGCUUCUAACAGGUAUGAAAGAGGACUGUACUCAGUGGGACAUUUCAAAAGCAUCAGUGUGGUUGAAUAAAGGUUUAGUCUACGGUUUGAUUUGGGCUGAUGGGAGUAUUCUUGUCAGAUACGGGUCAGGGUAAACAUUCAGCAUUCCAGAAAGGUCUAGCCACCAAAGCCAAAGAUCAGAGUGCAUUUGGACAGAACAUCCUCACACAGUAGAAACAUUGCAUUUUAUCCAAUCUCUAUUCUCUCUUUUUUUUUUUAAGUAACAGUAGAUAAGUAAUACGGGACAUAAGUAAUGCAAAUCCAAAAUAAUGGUAAUCUAGAUAUUUUAGUUGUAAAUCAAUUUGUAAAAGAAUGACUAUAAGAAGUACUAUUUCGGACUCACAUGUCACAUUUACUACAGCAUGUAGAGUUUCCAACCCAUGUGAGAGUUAACUGCUAUCGGGGGAUCUAAAAAGGAACACUGCAAGUGUAUGUCAGGCUACUGACCUGGGAAAGUUACAGCACAGUUAUAUUUAUCAUCUGUUAAAGUUUCCAUUACAAAAAAUGUCAAACCCCUUCAGAAAUCCAUUCAGUAUGGUCAGACAAAUGUGACACCCAUGAGUGUUCAUGGUCUAUCUGCAUUCCUACUAAUAAUAGGCCCGAUGGCACUUUGGGAAUAAGAAUUAGACACAUUUCACAUUUCACAAGCAAACAACCAAUGACAACUGUCUACCAAGCUGAUAUACUGUAUAUUGUUUAUAUUAUAUUAUUGAUAUUGUGUUGUGUUGUGUUACGUUGCUCCCUGUGUCAUCCAUCACUUUCUCCACCCAUCUGUCUGUUGUCCAAUGUGUGUAUCUGUGAAAAGUUCAACAUUCUUUCUUUCUUCUAACUUUUUUUCUUAUUUUCUUCUUCUUGUGUUUUUCUUUCAGACUGAAGUUGCUCAUUGACCAGGAAAAGGCCUAUCAGGAAAGGAAAGAGGAGGAGAACAACAAGAAGGUCACCAGCCUAAAGGAGGAGCUGACCAAGCUGAAGUCCUUUGCGUUGAUGGUCGUGGACGAGCAGCAGCGCCUCACAGAGCAACUGACCCAACAGACUGCUAAGGUCCAGGAACUGACCGCCAGCGCAUCCCACGCCCAGGAAGAGCUGAGUUCCACUAAUGCAAGGGUGCAAGAGGGGGAGGAGAAAGUUUUUCGCUUGGAGACGGAGCUAGGCGACCAAGCCAGUCGCUUCCACCAGGAACAGGAGACCAUGACAGCCAAACUGACCAGCGAGGAUGCCCAAAACCGGCAGCUCAAGCAGAAACUGUCCAUGCUCAGCCGGCAGCUGGAUGAACUGGAAGAGACCAACAAGACCCUCCGGAGGGCUGAGGACGAGCUCCAGGAGCUGAGGGACAAGAUCAGCCGCGGGGAAUGUGGCAACUCCAGCCUCAUGGACGAGGUGGAGGAGUUACGGAAAAGGGUUCUGGAGAUGGAGGGGAAGGACGAGGAGCUGGUCAGAAUGGAGGACCAGUGCAGGGACCUCAACAAGAAGCUGGAGAAGGAAGCCAGCCAAAGCCGUAGCCUGAAGGCUGAUGUGGACAAGCUGAACCACAGGAUCAUGGAGCUGGAGAAACUAGAGGAUGCGUUCGGCAAGAGCAAACAGGAGUGCAACGCGCUAAAGUGCAAUCUGGACAAAGAGAUGACCGUGUCAAAGGUUCUGUCCAGAGAGAUGGACGUCCUGAAAGCGAGGGUUAAAGAACUGGAGGCCGUGGAGGGUCAGCUGGAGAAGACAGAGCUUACCCUAAAGGAAGACCUCACCAAGCUAAAGACGCUGACGGUCAUGCUGGUGGAUGAAAGGAAGACCAUGGCUGAGAAACUGAAAGCGAUGGAGGACAAGGUCCAUAACAGCACUGGAAAACUGCAAGCUGAGCAGGACAAAGUCACAACAGUGACAGAGAAGCUUAUCGACGAGAGCAAGAAAGCCCUAAGGUCGAAGGCUGAGCUUGAGGAGAAAAUGUGUGGCGCCACCAAGGACAGGGAUGAACUCAAGGCCAAGCUCCAAGCCGAGGAGGAAAAGAGCAACGACCUGCAGUCCAAAGUUACCAUGAUGAAGAAGAGGUUGCAGUCACUGGAAGCUGCAGAGAGGGAAUUCCUGAGGAACAAAGCCAAAGAGGAAAGCAUCAAGGCACCCAUCGCCAACCGCUCCCAACAAGAGGAAUACAAAGUCAAAGACCUUACACAGGAAGUUGAGCGCCUGAGGCGAAAACUUAAAGAUAUGAAGGUUGUCGAAGACGACUUGUUGAAGACUGAGGAUGAGUUUGAGUCGAUGGAGAAGAGAUACUCCAAGGCACAAGAGCGAGCAAAGGCCUUGAUGGAGGAGUUGGAAAUAUCCAGGAACGAGCUCUCAAAGUACCAAUUGGCAGAGAAGCAAGAGUCCAACCAGGAGCACAUCCUCUACAAGCGUCUGAAAGAGGAAGAGGCUAAGUCCAGCCAUCUGACCCGAGAGGUGGCGGCCCUAAAAGAGAAGAUCCAUGAAUAUAUGGGCACAGAGGAAAACAUCUGUCGCAUUAAAAAUGACCACUCCACCUUGCAAAGAAAACUGACUCUGCAAGAGGUGAGAAAUAAAGAACUGGCCAGAGAGAUGGAGACCCUCAAUCGGGAGCUGGAGCGAUACCGUCGCUUCAGCAAAAGUCUCCGCCCAGGCAUGAACGGCAGGCGUUUCUCAGACUUACAGGUGUGCACCAAGGAGGUACAGACAGAUCCAGCAGACUACCUUCGACCCAACUACAAGAGCAUCGCCCCACUGGAGCGGGCCGUGGUGAACGGAAAACUGUACGAAGAGAGUGACUCUGAGGACGAUCCAAACUACAACAAUGAGUUGCCCCUCGCCCAAUGUAACCCCUCCCUCAUCAACAAUGUCAACAACCUCAACAACAACAUCAGGAGAGCCAGAGUCCCCUUCCUCAAAACCAAAGAAAGCCACAACCCAGUCAACGGGAAAGUGCAGGUUCCCAGACAGAAUGGGAACCAUGUGCAGCAAGGAGACGUGUUUCUGACACACAGCCCCGGGCAACCACUGCACAUCAAGGUAACCCCAGACCACGGGCAUAACAUGGCCAUGCUAGAAAUCACCAGCCCCACCGCGGAAAACACACAGUCAUACACCAGCACUGCAGUCAUCCCCACAAGCGGUGGUCCACCCAAACAAAGAAUCACCAUAAUUCAGAACGCAUCCAUCUCCCCGACUACCAGAAACAAAGGUCAAAGGUCCCCCUCGUCAGAUGGUUCCCCCUGCACUCCCGAUCGAGCCAUAUCUCCCUUCACCAUGGCCACCUACUCCAGAGCGAUGACCCCAGACUCCUCUGGGUCGGUCACUCCAGACAGGGCCAUGUCACCCAUCCAGAUCGUGUCGGUUACAACAGGCACUCCUGACCGGUCCCUGUCCACGGAGCCGGUAGAGGUUGUGGGAGGUCACGCAGUCUUCAGGGUGACACCAGAGAGGCAGAGCAGCUGGCAGGUUCAGAGGUCCAACAGCUCCGGCCCCAACGUCAUCACCACGGAGGACAACAAAAUCCACAUUCACUUAGGGAGUCCCUUCAUUCAGAGCUUAAACACUACACCCCAGCCUGUGAGCCCAUGCUACUCACCUGGGCAGGAGCAGAGAACUCCUAUAUUAUCCAAUGGUGCCCCUGUCAAAGGCAACAGCAAAAUCACAAGUAGCAUCACUAUAAAGCCAACAUCCACCCCAAUCAAAAGGCCUUCACAAAUUACAGUAAGUAAUGCCUAUGAUUGACUGAUUCCCCAUCCCAAGAUACCUAAUUAGUAAACCCUAGUUUGCUCGCUACCCACUACCAUCGCCUAUCCCAACCCAACCUCCUCAGUCCCUAGUCAUCCUAUAUUGCUCCCUCCACCUCCAUUUGACUUGAUCUGUAUGAAGAGAGUCCGACCUAAGCGCUUCUCUGUUUGUGUUUGGGGUUUGUUUGGUUGGUUCUGUUUGGAAAGAUGUUCGCGUGCAUGAAUUGUCGUUCAAAUACAAACCAAAACAAUAACCCUUUGAAGGCACUAGUAGUAAGAAACUUUUACUGAACACCGGGGUAACUUUACUGUAUAUGCUAUUUGGUAAAUAUACCAUGUACUAAGACUAUUCACUGAUGGACCGUUUCAAUUCUGUUUAAACUUCAUAUUACACUACUUGCAUUUUGUUUAAGCCGAUUUAUUUUCUAAAUAUUAAAGUGUGCAAAAAUGUCUGUUUUAGUUUGUCAUCCAUGCCUGCAUAUUUCAUUUACUCAUUCCAAAGUGGUAAACCCUGCAUGCUGAAUGAUGAAAAUGAGGAAUAUAUUUCAAGAUUCAAAUAUAUAUAUAUAAAUGUGAUUUCUGCAUGUUUUCUAACUCUUAGUUUUUAUAUUUUAGUUUUCAGUGUGAUCUAAUUUUCACUGCUCAAGUGCUACCUUAACUAUUUGAAAUAGUAUUCAAUCAAUACAACCUCUGAUAGCAGUCCAUUGUCCUUCAACCAUCAAGACACAAACAUACAAUGAAUAGGGCAUUUUAAAGCCACUUUAUAUAUAUAUAUAUAUAUAUAUAUAUAUAUAUAUAUAUAUAUAUAUAUAUAUAUAUAUAUAUAUAUAUAUAUAUUACUAGAAGGCCUCUCAGAAGAACUCUUGUGUUAACAUCCAUAAUUUAUAAGAAAAUGAAAAAAUAAAAAAGCCAGAGAAUUCUGACAUGUGUUUUCUUGGCUGAGUUAAAUUCAUAGGCUGGUGAUGUCAUAGUUUCUCCUUCUAUCCAAAACACAGAAACCCAGUUACCAAGAGUAAAGACUAGCAUGAGUGAAUUUGAAGUUCCUCUUUAAUGAUACCAUGGAAAGUACAUGGAAGUCAGCUUGGACAAACAAGAGGUGCUUUAACUAUUGAGGGUCUUCUCCAAGUGGAUGUUUCUUUGCUGCAACUCUCUGUAUCAAUGUGAAUCAAUGAUUUUUAUGUUCAUCAGAGUGUUGUAUGAUUCUUUUGCAAAUACAUACAGUUGUUUUAAUGGCAUAUUAUAAUGUAGCCUACACAACAAUGCAAAUAGAUUGCACUAUAGUAAUGAAGAAAAACCACACUCAUCACUCAAAGCACUGGCUUAUCAUGAAGAGACUUCAGAGUAACAUUGGUCAUUUAAAGCUCACUUGAAUGAAACAUAACUGUGUCCGAUACAUUCACACGUGUACACGCCACACAAUCCAAAUACCCUCUGAGUCAGUAUCACUAUAAAGAGCUGUCUAUAUCAAGCUUUAGGUCAAUUCAGGCUGGGAGCGUUGCACUUUGGAAACAGGAUCCCAAUCUCUCAAUGCCCAAAAUAAUUUGCAGGCUAAACAAGAUGCUAUUCAUUAAAGGGAUCAGAGAGGCUGUGUCCUUAAAUAUCCUCCAUGUCAUUAUCUAUCUGAUCGUACUUAUUCACAUCUAGUGAGGUCAUUGUUUGAGCCAGAUCAUAUGUUCUGAUGUAAAAAAGUACAUCAUAGUCCAUAUCGAAUAAGAGCAAAGUGCAAGUAGAAUGGAUGAUGGCGUCAUAGUCCGACACACCCUUUCCUUUUUUAUAUCUCACUUGACUCAUGACCUUUGACAUGUCAGCUAAAUCUAAGGUCUAUGAAGGCUAUACAAUCACACGGCACCAUCAUCCACCGUGCUGUUUUUCAAUACAGAACAUACAGUAGCCAAUCAGAGGCGAGAGUCAUCUUCAGUGUACGUCACAGGCUAACCUAACGUAGCAUGCGUAAAAAGACGCCUGAGCGGAGUUCCCACAUCUGUUAUUCAGGGGAAACAGAAGUUAGGUUGAAAAGACUAUAUCCCUGAAAACCGAAUGUUAGCGGUUUCUGGCAACCCUGCAUAGGCUAAUCACAGGCUAGUUUAGGAGUUGAUGGGAUUCACGUGUAGUUUACAAUAACGGUCAUCAUUACAAUGGAAUCCAAACACCUUGACCGAUAGGCCCAAUGAACAAGGAGAGGAAAAUAAACAGACAGGGCAGGGCUCAUUUCAAACAAAGGCCUCAUAUUGUGAAUGAACGAGGAUCCUGAGGCCCAGUAGUGUGCUGUGAAAUAAUGUCUCCCACCUCAAUCCAAGCACCAAACAAAUCCUGUGUUUUGUAGCCAUGGAGACAACCGUGCAUCUUUGCCAGUAUUGCAGAACGCAGGCCGGCCUACUGAACUGCAGUCUGGUCUGUCCGUGGCAGAGGAAGUGCUUUCUCUAGUACUCCUGUUGCAUGGCUCCAAAGGGAGGAGGCUUAUAAUUAAAGGUCAUUCUGUGUAAAAUCAACAUGGCCCCCUGACAUGACCCACACAGAUUUUCUGGUCCAUUAACCUCAUUUUCAAAACACAUUUCAAAUUUAUGUCCUGCAUGGAUUUAAGGACAUGGUUCAUUGCACAUUUUAGAAUUAAUUUUCGAAACCAUAAAACACUUAUACACACUCACUUACAGUUGGUCUUUAACAGUCUUUAACCACUCACACCUUGGACUGGGAUUGAUUCACUCAAUAGCUUUCAGCACGAAACUGGAGUGUCUCACAAGAGGUCUCUCUCAGAGAAAGAAAGAGUGAUGAAAUAAGCUGCAAUGUUCAAAACUACAGUAUAAUAACCUACAUUAUGCAACAGGUCUGGGAGAAUGCCUUAAUGUGCAUGAUGAUCUGCCUCCCAAAUGGCACCCUAUUCACUAAAUAGCACACUACUUUUGACCAGAGCCCAUAGGUAAUAGGGUGCAAUUUGGGACGCAGAUAUCAUCUAUUCUCCUUCUUGUCUUUCUUCGCUCUAAGUGCCCUCAUCAUCAUCCCUCUAGUCUCACAUGCAGUUACAUAAAUCCAGAGGAGAUAGAGAGGGGUGGGGGGUUUAACUGAGCAGAGAGAGUGGGGUUUAAACUGAGCAGAGAGAGAGAGAGAGAGAGAGAGAGAGAGAGAGAGAGAGAGAGAGGUUUAAACUGAGCAGAGAGCAGAGAGGGGUUUAAACUAAACGCAGAGCAAUGACAAACAUGAAGAUCUCCUACGGUGACAUCACCUUCUGGCAGAGCUGAGACGGAGAGCUAGGCGCAUUAGACGACAGUUUAAGCUGAUUGUGCAGUAAACAGUGCAGUGAUGCAAACCCCACAGGAGACAUUUCCUGUCACUGUUUUGGCAGUUGGUGCUAAAAUACGAUCCAACACCUGUCUCCGAACAUUUUCCGUCCCCACUCUCUCUUAUAGGCCUUCUUUAGGAGCAAAACAAUGACUUGUGUGUGAAUAGCUCUAUAAACUCCAAAGACAGUAUUAGAAAGAGAAUCAUGGAUUUCUUUAGUUCCAUUCUUUACAGCGGUUGUGUUGAAAAAAAUGUCAAAGCUUUACUUAAAUAGUAAUGUUUUAUUAGUCUACUUGUUAUACUGCACACAUAUAUGGGCAUCUACAUGUCUUAAUAAGCAUGUAAUGAAUGAUUUUGUCAUGUGUUUUGUCAAAAACUGCUAGAUAUUGGCUACUGUAUGCCAAAAAACAUUAUUUGGCACCAUCUUGUGGUCAGUUUCAUAAACAACCUACAUUAUGUAUCGUAAGUAUAUUGAUCCCUGUUUUCUCUCUGUCUAUUCUCAGAUCCCCUUGGAAGCAUUCCGACGCCCAGGCCCAACCAGGAUCCCCAAACCUAAAGCCUACAAUACAAAAGGGACAAACAGUGCGGUCAAUCCAGGGCAGAGCAAUAAAGGACAGCCGGGGUACUCAGAGUGCAGCCAACAACCUAAAUAUGGUCAUCCGCCCCACUAGAAUAUAACAUCACACAUUUGGAUGUAUCUUCACAUUAUGAUCUCAAUUAUGAUGUAUUCCUGUUGCUACAAAGACUUCCGCUUUUUGUGUGCCUCGGUAUUGAUAAUGGAAACACCAAAAUAGGAAGAUUAGUAGGCCUAGGUUGCCUAGCAUUUGUGUUUCACAAAGAACAAUUCACUGAUCUGUCUGUGUGAGCAGUAAUUGCAGUAAUUGAUCAAUUAUGAUAUAUAUAUAUAUACAGUACCAGUCAAAGGUUUGGACACACCU